UGCAAACUUACUUUAUAACUAAAUGUUAGUUAAUCUGAAUCAUGAAAUAUUUUUUACAAUCAGCUUAUGCUACAAUUUUCGCAUUUUGGAAGACAAUUCUUUGCAAUUUUGAGAAUAAAGUCUCGAAAAAUGGUUAUAAAUUGAUAUUAAAAUUGUUAACAUUUUCAUCUUUACUUCUAAUAACAGCAAUAAUUCUACCGUUUGUGGUUUAUCGUAUUUUAAUUUGGAUUUAUUUAAAAUUAAAACAUAAAAAUGAUUUUUUGAAAAUAUUCAAUUUUAUACCAUCGUCUUACUUUAUGAUGGACGGAGAUUAUGCAACGAUGAAAAUUUUUUUGCUAAUUGAAUCUGAAGAUGGUGAUACUAUAGAAAGGAAAGCUCAAGAUUUUUGUAAAGCGAUGUGUGAAAAUGUACCUGAGGUUACUGGUGUUGUAAAAAGAAUUUCCGGUUAUUAUUAUCUUCUAAAAAAUCGAUAUAUUUUUGAUGAUUUUUUUAUGAGUGUUAGUUUUAAUGAUGGGAUGUUAUUAACUAAAGAAAAACUUGGCUCUUAUGUUACAAAUUGCGCUGUAACAAAUCAGCGCCUAUUUAAAAUUGUAUUUUUUAAAGAACCUCUUGAAAAGAACAGAUAUGCGAUUUUAUUUUUAUUGCAUCACGGAAUUUCAGAUGGUCAUGGUGUAUGGUUGCUAAUGUAUAAAUAUUUAUGUGAUAAAGAAUCUAUACCAUCCCAGAAUAAUUUACUUGUUCCGAGACAACAAACAAAUUUCAAUGAUCCUUAUAUAGACACAAAAACUUUAACGUACGUAGCGAAUCACAAUGAACCGUCGAUAUGCAAAGGACCUUACUUUGCUAUCUUUGUAGAAGAAGAAAUUUCUUGUGUACCAAAACUUAAAGCUUUACGGAAACGAUUUAAUUGCUCCAUGAAUGAAUUGUUUUUAGGAAUAAUAACUUACAAUUUAUACCGCAAUAUGAAUGAAAGCUUAGAUAAUAUUCCUAAUAAUAUGCUUAUGGGUUAUAUUCAUCAUUUUCUAAGCGAUUACCAAAAAGAUUUUCGAAACAUGUUUUUUCCAAGAACUGAUAUCAGCAAUAAUACUUACCUUAUGGCGUUUCUUGCUGAAAAUAUUACUUCUUGUAGUUGCAUCGAAGAUUUUAUUGAGUGCGUGCGAGAAAAAUCGCAAGAAGCAAUCAAAUCAGUAAUACUUCAGGGAUCUUAUGCUUUAUCGUUGGGUGUUUUGGAUUUUUUACCGAAAAACUGGCUUCAUAACUUUAUAAUUCGCCAGGUAUCCCGAUCAAUCUUAUUUUUUUCUAAUGUAGGAAUAACAAAAGGGAUUACUGUUGGUGGAAAACGCAUCGUUGGAAUUCUUGGAGGAAUGUCACCUGGUGGGAGUGGUAUUUGUACUGGAGUGGUUACUUGUAACGAUCGUUUAAAUAUAAUGUUAAGUACAAAAUUACCCAUUUUUAACUCACAAGAUGAGGUUCAACAUUUUAUGGAAAGUUGUAUUGCAAGUAUACAUGAGUUGUAUGAAAAAGUUACAAGUUAUUCCUAUUAGUAUAGUUAAUUGAUACUAUUUCAACACAGCUUCAAAGGAUAAAGGCUAAACUUGAAGAUUAUAGUAAAUCUGUAGAUGAAAGGUAUUGAGAUCGUAGAAUGUAGGUGGCCUUGGGAAAACUCGUUUGUUUCGAUCUGCUUUUUUCCUGGUGUUCUCUUGUUUUCCUGAGUUUUUAUACAAUACGGCCUUCACGUCGUUCAGCGGUUGUUUACUUUGUGAACUCUCAAGACAAAGAACAUUAAAAAAAAAUGAUUAAUAAAAUAACAUUUAUUUAUGUCAGAAAAUAAUAUAUACAUAGAUUUGUAACAUACAUCGUCUUAAAAUCUACUAAAGCUAUUCAUUAAUGUUCUAUAAAUAAAUAAACGAGUGUUAGAAGAUCA